AUGGAGCACCUCGUCCGUUGUGGUCGAAAUCGACGGAAAGACAAGUCCCUUGGUCACCUUGGAUACUCCGACCUUAACUAUCAUAGGAUCUGGGUCAACUUCUACCUCGAUCGACUCGACUCCCUCCUCAAGACUGAUAUCACCAUGAUCAAAGACACGUUCAACAAGUUGAAACUACAUGAUGAGGACAUCGGUCGUGAUUUAUUCUGGCGGCUUGGCCUUCGCUUCCAGCAGUGUGUUAUCAACACUAGUGCCGCACGGUUUUAUGGGAAUCGAGUAAACCGACGGAUUCGACGCAUAGGAUGA